AAUAAGGCCAAGAGGUUCAAUUCGGAGCCGCAGAUCGUGGAGAAAGGUCCUUAAACACGUUGAUCCAAAAGAAGAGUGGAACCGUAGGUACGGUCCGUCAACUCACCAUCGAACAUAUUAAGACGUUUUCGGGCCCUGGACCUUGGAGCUUGAGCUCGAAAGCAACAAUGAUCAGCAGUAACCUACUGGGCUUGGGGGCAGUAACUUAGGAGGAGACAACGCGCUGCAUCAUCCUAGUUUGAUGACGCCUCAGCUGUUCGCAUGCUGUAAUCGACGAUCAGCUGCCCGGCGUCUGGGAUAAAAGGUGACCCAUGUAAGCGGUCUCGCUCGGGUAUCAGCACAACAAAGUCACCUUUCCCACUACACAUCAAUCCACAUCAGCACAGCUGAAAGCGUUGUCAAAAUUGCUAAGAACAAGAAUAAAAAGAAGAACCAAACCAUGGCAGACAAUGUUACCCAAGACGCACCCGACGUCGCAAAGAACACAUUGGGAGGCCGCAACCUUCCCAAAAAUCCUGGCACGGAAUUGAGCAAGCGCGACCCUGAAGACAAGAAGACCACCACCGAAACCAAGGAUGGCGAAGAGAAGCAGAGCUUGAGAAUCAACAUCAAGCUGGAUCUGGAUGUAGAAGUUCACCUGACUGCCAGAAUCAAGGGAGAUAUCACUAUCGGGUUACUGUAGAAUAUGAUAUAGAAGAAGCGAUUGACAGCAAUCUGGAAUUGUACAUCGCCGGGAAACACCUGUAUAUAUUCAUUGAACAAUUAAUCCGAAGACAUCAGACAUCUGUACACAGGCC